AUGGAGGAAGGUCCAAGACUCCUCUCCCUCCCUCCCUCCUCAACCCAUUUCUUCCUCUUCUCCCUCAUCCUCUUCUUCUCCUUCUCCGCGGCCGACGAUGCCGCGGUCAUGGCCAAGCUCGCCACAGCUUUCUCUCCCACCCCGCGCGGCUGGUCCGGUUCCAACUUCUGCAAAUGGUCCAGCGUGAACUGCGACUCCACCGGCCGAGUUUCCACCAUUAGCCUCGCCUCCAGGUCCCUCUCUGGCGAAUUGCCGUCGGAAAUCAACCAGCUUUCCGGCCUUAAGUCCUUGUCCCUCCAGCGGAACAAACUCUCGGGUCCACUGCCUUCCUUCGCAAACCUCACGAACCUUCAAGAGAUCUUCCUCGACGGUAAUGGCUUCUCCUCCGUUCCCCCGUCGUUCCUCGCCGGCCUCACCAGCCUACAGACCUUCAGCAUCAGCGAAAACCCCAGUUUGGCGCCGUGGACAAUCCCAAACGCGCUUGCAGACUCCUCGAGUCUCGUGGGCUUCUAUGCUAGCAAAGCCAACGUGUUUGGCACAGUGCCUGACAUAUUCAAUUCUCUCCCUAAUUUUCAAUCGCUGAAGUUGUCUUACAAUAACCUCACUGGGCCUUUGCCGGCUUCAUUUGCUGGUUCUGCGAUUCAAAACCUCUGGCUUAACAAUCAGGCAAUGGGGCUUUCAGGAAGGCUUGAUGCACUGGGCGCAAUGUCACAGUUAUCUCAGGUUUGGCUGCAUGCGAAUGCCUUUUCAGGUCCAAUCCCUGAUCUUUCGAAGAGCACUUCGCUUUUUGAUUUUCAGCUUCGCGACAAUCACAUUACGGGUAUUGUUCCGCCUUCUCUGACUACCCUUCCCAAGCUUGUUAAUGUUUCACUGCAGAACAAUAACUUGCAGGGGCCAUAUCCUGAAUUUGGGAAGAAUGCUUUUGUGAGCCUUGGUUCAACCAAUAGCUUCUGUAAUUCGGAACCAGGCCCUUGUGACCCGCAGGUGACAUCAUUGCUUGCAGUUGCCGGAGCCUUGGGCUAUCCUAUGACACUGGCUGAAUCUUGGCAAGGCAAUAACGCUUGCCAAAAAUGGUCCUUUAUUACUUGCGAUUCGGCCGGCAAGAGUGUGACUGCAAUCAAUUUCGGGAAGCAGCACUGGACUGGGACUAUAUCCCCUGCCGUUGCCAACCUCACCUCAUUGAAGAGCUUGGUUUUGAAUGACAAUAAUCUUGGUGGUUCGAUACCGGAGAGCUUGACAGGGCUGUCACAGCUCCAGAUUUUGGAUGUAUCCAAUAACAACUUAACAGGAAAAAUCCCAAGGUUUCCUGCAAGUGUAACGGUGAAAACAGCGGGUAAUCGGCUUCUUGGAACCAACUCAUCUUCGGCUGGAGGAGAAGGAAGUGCUGCUUCUGGUCCGAAUGUGACUAGCACUCAAGGACCUACAUCCUUUUCUAUUUCAAAGUCUUUUGCUGUCAUCAUGAGUUCUGUGGCUGUUAUUGUUAGUCUGUUAAUUUGCUACUGCUGCUUGAAAAAGAGGAAAAAGUUUGCAUAUAUUCCAAGCCCCCAAACAGAUAAAGAAAAGAUGAUGAAAGAGGCAGUGAGUAAUAGGUAUGGUCAUGGUGGGCUUUCUAGUGAACUGUCAAGUCACGGAGAUGCUGAUAAUGGCGACGUUCGUGUUUAUGAUGGCGGUAGCGUGACAUUUCCAAUAGAGGUCCUUCGAGAAGUGACGAACAAUUUCAGUAAAGAUAAUGUUUUAGGCAAGGGAGGAUUUGGAGUUGUUUAUAAGGCAGAACUCCAUGAUGGGACAAAAAUUGCAGUGAAGAGAAUGGAAUCCUCAGUCGUGAGCUCAAAGGGGAAGAGUGAGUUUGAGGCAGAAAUUGGUGUCCUUACAAAGGUUAGGCACAGGCAUUUAGUUGCUCUUCUUGGUUUUUGUGUCAACGGGAAUGAGAGACUCUUGGUUUAUGAAUAUAUGCCACAAGGUACAUUGGGGCAACAUUUGUUCAAAUGCAGCAUGAGUGGAUUUUCUCCCCUCAGUUGGAAGCAGAGGGUCACAAUCGCACUGGAUGUUGCCAGGGGAGUGGAAUAUUUGCACAGUUUAGCACAGCAGAGUUUCAUUCACAGAGAUCUGAAGCCUUCCAAUGUACUUCUAGGAGAUGAUAUGAGAGCGAAAGUUUCAGAUUUUGGACUAGUUAAGAAUGCACCUGAUGGAAACCACUCAGUGGAGACACGUCUAGCUGGAACAUUUGGGUAUCUUGCACCAGAAUAUGCCUCUACUGGAAGAGUGACCACAAAAGUUGACGUUUUUGCGUUCGGGGUCAUUUUAAUGGAGUUAAUCACGGGCCAAAUGGCACUUGAUGAGGACAUGCCAGAGGGGAAAUCUCAUUUGGUGACCUGGUUCAGAAAAGCUCUAUCUAAUAAAGAAAAUAUCAGAAACUCUCUAGACCAGUCCCUUGAUCCUGAUGAAGAGACCUUCAAAAGCAUAUGUAAAGUAGCUCAAUUAGCAGGACACUGCACAGCCCGCGAGCCAUUUCAGAGGCCAGACAUGGGUCAUGUGGUUACUGUCCUAGCACCACUUGUUGACCUGUGGAAGCCCAUGUGCGAUGAAAAUGAAGACAGUUUCAGCAUUGACCUCCACAUGAGCCUCCCUGAUGCCCUGCAGAGAUGGCAAGCUGGUGAUGGCACUACUACAAUGGCAGACGAACUCUCGUUUGCGGAA